CUCAAGUCAAGUCACACCCCCCCCAUCCAUUCAUCAAUCAUGAAGGGAAUAAGGCGUCAAUUCCACCGCGUUGGCCGCACAGGAAGCUCUCUUUCUGCAGUCAACAGCAACCAAAACCAAAACUCCACCAUGGCCCCCAACGGCGCGCCCACGGAGCGCACCUCGCUUCUCCCACACCCUCAAGCCGAUGAGCCUCGCUGGAAGUCUUUAUCCAGAAACGUCGGCCGCACCACCUGGGCCACCCUGACCAGCAAUUAUGUCAACGCCCUCCUCGUAUUCGUCCCCAUCGGCAUCGUCGCUGGCGAGCUGCAUUGGAAUCCCACCGCCGUCUUCAUCCUCAACUUCAUCGCCAUCGUUCCCUUGGCAAGCUUGUUGAGUUUUGCGACCGAGGAGCUAUCCGCCAAGUUGGGCCAGACAUUGGGUGGAUUGUGCAAUGCAACAUUCGGCAACGCCGUGGAACUGAUUGUGUCCAUCGUGGCCCUCGAAAAGAAUCAGACUCGCAUUGUCCAAGCCAGUAUGCUCGGCAGCAUCCUAUCCAACAUGCUUCUGGUUCUCGGCUGCUGUUUUCUGGCUGGCGGGUGGAACGCGCAGGAGCGCGAAUUCAAUUCCACCGUGGCCUCGACAAUGUCCUCUUUGAUGGCUGUCGCAUCCGCCUCGCUCAUCAUACCCGCAACUCUGUACGCUGCCAUGAACGGCGCUAAACACUCGGAUGGCGAUGAGAUGGAGCACAACAUCCAGCUUCUGUCCCGUGGCACCUCCAUCAUCCUCCUGUUGCUGUACAUCCUCUACCUGUACUUCCAGCUCAAGUCCCAUCAUGCCCUUUUUUCCGAUCUCGAAACCCAGGAGGAAGCUGCAAACGAGGACGACGGUGAGCACCACGAUGGUGAUAUUCUGUCACCUGUCGCUGCCGGCAUUGCCCUGGUGCUCGUCACUGUUUUGGUGUCCGUAUGCGCAGAUUUCCUCGUCGGCUCCAUCGAUAGCAUCGUCGAGUCUGCCCACAUAUCUCGCACAUUCAUCGGUCUGAUCUUGAUCCCCAUUGUCGGAAACGCCGCCGAACACGUGACUGCUGUGGUGGUGGCCGCCAAAGGAAAAAUGGAUCUUGCCAUCAAUGUAGCCAUUGGAAGUUCCUUACAGAUAGCAUUGUUCGUAACUCCAGCGCUCGUGAUCCUGGGCUGGAUUAUGAACAGGGAUAUGACGUUGCAUUUCCAGGGAUUCGAAACGGUUGUCUUCUUCCUGAGUGUGUUGGUGGUAAACUACCUCAUCCAGGACGGCAAGAGCAACUACUUGGAAGGAUGCAUGUGCCUGGGAACGUAUGCGAUCAUAGCCUUGGCGUUUUACGUCUACCCAGACAACGCCAGCGGAACGCUCACAAACGGCUUUUUGCAGAGUUUCUUUGCGGCGUAG